AUGUCUCUUUUCAAUGCUUCGACGAAUCCGCACCCGAGCAUGGCUUUCCGCGAUAUCUUACACUCUCCCGGGGCGCGAGUCGACUUGAUGGACAAGCACAUUAUCGAUCUAAUUGAUUCGCACAGUAUGCCCCACGGCGUCGAGGAGGCACUUGGAGAUGGUUGGUGCAAAAUUGGUCGUGGCAAAGGUCGCACGCCUGCAUAUCGGCGUGGACUAAAUCCACCACUCAUGGACCUGACUCUAGACCAACUGCGAGCAGAUUUCGCCACCAAGUCGAAAGCCUGGCGGCAGAGUUCCUGUCGUAAAGAAACACUGGCAAUCAUCGAUAAGCAGGUUCCGGAAGGAGGAUGGGCUAUCACCGAAGCGAUUUGCCUAGCUACCGGAAGUUUCAGUCGAGACAACUGGGCCUCAAGGCAAAGGAGCGUGACGCAAUUUGCCGCUUUUGUGGACAUUGUGCAACACUUGCAGGAUCAACAACAGCACCAAGUUAUUAUCCUGGCGCAGGAUCCGGUGUACACGGCACUUGACAUAGAUUUCUUGCGCGACAAAAGCAUUCGUACUCUAUUUGCUGAGAAGAGGACCAAGGAUGAUCCGGUGGGCGGAUCCAUAGGCGAAGCUGAUGACCACAUGUCAAGCUCCUGCUUCGUCUUUGAGCCUUGCAUGGAUAUGACUUCCCACGGUGCUCUGACCUUGCUUUCGCCUGAGCCUGCGCUGUACAUCGGCUCGUGUUUUGAGCGAGCUGAAGACGACAGCAAGAAGACCGAUGAGGAGAUCAUGCAUGCCGAACGAUCGAUGAGCUUAGACCAGCUCGUGCCUGACUUCUGGGAAACUCAUUACAAAGGCAUCACGAAUAAGCUGAAAGCAGUGCUUGCGAAGAGAAAGCGUUAUGUCUUGCCUGUGUUUGAAGAGGAGCCAAACAUCUUUGCCUCCAUGUCUGUAUCCUGGAUGGAGGCGAGCGACGAAAAUCCUUCAUGA